AUGUCCCUCACCCCCAUACAGCCCUCACCCCCAUACAGCCCCCAUACAGCCCUCACCCCCAUACAGCCCCCCAUACAGCCCUCAUCCCAUACGGCCCUCACCCCCAUACAGCCCUCACCCCCAUACAGCCCUCACCCACAUACAGCCCUCACCCCCAUACAGCCCCCCAUACAGCCCUCACCCCCAUACAGCCCCCCAUACAGCACUCACCCCCAUACAGCCCCCCAUACAGCCCUCACCCCCAUACGGCCCUCACCCCCAUACAGCCCUCACCCCCAUACAGCCCUCACCCACAUACAGCCCUCACCCCCAUACAGCCCCCCCAUACAGCCCUCCCCCAUACCCCCCUACAGCCCCCCAUACAGCCCCCAUACAGCCCAUCAGCCCCCAUACAGCCCCCCAUACAGCCCUCACCCCAUACAGCCCCCCAUACAGCCCUCACCCCCACACAGCCCUCACCCCAUACAGCCCUCACCCCCAUACAGCCCUCACCCCCAUACAGCCCUCUCCCCCAUACAGCACUCACCCCCAUACAGCCCCCCAUACAGCCCCCAUCAGCCCCAUCACCCCCAUACAGCCCCCAUACAGCCCCCAUACAGCACCCCCAUACAGCCCUCACCCCCAUACAGCCCUCACCCCCACACAGCCCUCACCCCCAUACAGCACUCACCCCCAUACAGCCCUCACCCCCAUACAGCCCCCAUACAGCCCUCACCCCCAUACAGCCCCCCAUACAGCCCUCGCCCCAUACAGCCCUCACCCCAUACAGCCCCCCAUACAGCCCUCACCCCCAUACAGCCCCCCAUACAGCCCUCACCCCCAUACAGCCCCCAUACAGCCCUCACCCCCACACAGCCCUCACCCCAUACAGCCCUCACCCCAUACAGCCCUCACCCCCAUACAGCCCACCCCCAUCAGCCCCCCCAUACAGCCCUCACCCCCAUACAGCCCCCCCCCAUACAGCCCCCCCCCAUACAGCCCUCACCCCCAUACAGCCCCCCAUACAGCCCUCACCCCCAUACAGCCCCAGCCCUACAGCCCUCACCCCCAUACAGCCCUCACCCCAUACAGCCCCCCAUACAGCCCUCACCCCAAUACAGCCCCCCAUACAGCCCUCACCCCCAUACAGCCCUCACCCCCAUACAGCCCCCCCCAUACAGCCCUCACCCCCACACAGCCCUCACCCCCACACAGCCCUCACCCCCAUACAGCCCUCACCCCCAUACAGCCCUCACCCCCACACAGCCCUCACCCCCAUACAGCCCUCACCCCAUACAGCCCUCACACCCAUACAGCCCUCACCCCCAUACAGCCCUCACCCCCAUACAGCCCCCCCCCAUACAGCCCCCCCCAUACAGCCCUCACCCCCAUACAGCCCUCACCCCCAUACAGCCCUCACCCCCAUACAGCCCCCCAUACAGCCCUCACCCCCAUACAGCCCUCACCCCCAUACAGCCCCCAUACAGCCCUCACCCCAAUACAGCCCCCAUACAGCCCUCACCCCCAUACAGCCCUCACCCCCAUACAGCCCCCCAUACAGCCCUCACCCCCACACAGCCCUCACCUCCACACAGCCCUCACCCCCAUACAGCCCUCACCCACAUACAGCCCUCACCCCCACACAGCCCUCACCCCCAUACAGCCCUACAGCCCUCACCCCCAUACAGCCCCACCCCCAUACAGCCCUCACCCCCAUACAGCCCUCACCCCCAUACAGCCCUCACCCCCAUACAGCCCUCACCCCAUACAGCCCUCACCCCCAUACAGCCCUCACCCCCAUACAGCCCUCACCCCCAUACAGCCCUCACCCCAUACAGCCCUCACCCCCAUACAGCCCUCACCCCCAUACAGCCCUCACCCUCAUACAGCCCUCACCCCAUACAGCCCUCACCCCCAUACAGCCCUCACCCCCACACAGCCCUCACCCCCAUACACCCCUCUUGA